CAGUAGAGCACACUCUCUCUCUCUUCUGCUAUCAGUAUUAGCGAAGUGUCUUCAUUGUGUUUUGUGUCCUCCUUUUUUUUUGAAAUAUCAUAUAAUAUAUGAUUUUAGUGAGGCGAUGGGCACCUCAAAAAUUAGAGACUAUGAUAGCAUCACAUCUUUUCUUGGAUCUUGGGGACCAUUUCAGCUGAAGAUUUUUUUAACACUGGCCAUCAGCAUCCUCCCGAAUGGGUUUGUUGGCAUCUAUAUAGUAUUUGUGGGGGAUACCCCACCUCACGAGUGCUAUAUCCCUGAAAACUACAACAUCAGUGAGAUGUGGAGAAAUGAGACGAUCCCGUUGGAAACAGUCGAUGGCAUUGCAAAGCGCAGCUCUUGCUCAAGGCUUAACCUGGAAAUACUCAGGAACUACUCUCAAAAUAAAAUCAUCCCAAAUGUGGAUGUGAAUGUGAGUGAAAUUCCUUUGGAGAGCUGCCUGGAUGGGUGGACAUACAGCAAAGAAAUCUACCAGUCAACCAUUGUCACUGAGUGGGACUUGGUAUGUGAGAAUGCAUAUAAAACUCCGCUGACCACCUCUAUCCAUUACGUUGGUGUGCUAGUGGGAGCGUUUGUCUCAGGCCAGGUUUCAGACAGGUAUGGAAGGAGGCCAGCACUCUUUCUUAUGAUGGUUCUUCAGACUGUGGCAAUCACAGCGCAGAUAUUCUCUCCAAGCUGGGAGGUCUUCACCCUCAUUUACUUCUUUGCUGGGGCUGGGGGAUUCUCCAACUAUAUCAUUGCAUUUGUGCUGGGUACAGAAAUUCUAAGCCCAAAAGCCCGUGUGGUGUUCUGCUCCCUUGGGGUUUUCAUGGCCUCAGCUUUGGGAUACAUGGCAAUGCCAGCUGUGGCUUACCUCCUUCGUGAAUGGCGGAUGCUGCUGAUUUCCAUGGCUGCCUCUAGCUUGAUCUACAUCCCUAUGUGGUGGUUAGUCCCAGAGUCUCCUCGCUGGCUGUUCAAUCGGGGAAGAGUGAGAGAGGCUGAGGCCAUACUGAGAGACGCUGCCAAAAGAAAUAACGUACAGGCUCCACAGGCCAUUUUCACCCAAGCUGAGAUUGAAGAUGCACAGGCUAGCAAAGACAAGAAUUACAACAUUUUGGUUAUCCUGAGCAGCUGCAAUAUGUUCUCCAUUACAAUACUGUGUUCGCUUCUGUGGAUCAUCAUCACCAUUAGUUACUAUGCUUUAAUCCUCAACACUUCAAACCUGCACGGCAACCCUUACAUGAACUGCUUCUUGUCUGCUGUGACAGAAGUGCCAGCUUACAUAAUAGCCUUGUUACUGCUCCAGUACUGCUCCAGACACUUCUGCCAAUCAUCUACACUCUUCCUUGGAGGCGUUAUGAUCCUCUGUGUUCACCUCAUUCCAAUUGAUUUACCGGGUGUGUCUGUGUUUCUUGAGAUGUUGGGGAAGUUUGGUAUAACAUCUUCAUUUUGUGUGGUGUAUGCCGUCACAUCAGAGCUCUUCCCCACUGUUAUCAGAAAUACAGCAAUGGGGUGUUGUUCCAUGGCUGCUCGCAUUGGAACCAUCAUCUCCCCCUUUAUCAUUUUUCUCGGACAAUACUUCAAGGCACUCCCAUACAUACUGAUGGGAGCUUUAGCCAUUUCUGGUGGAGUCUUGUGUCUCCUGUUGCCAGAAACAUAUGGGAAGGCUUUGCCAGAGACCAUACCACAAAUGCAGCAAAUAUGCAGGAGAGGAGAAAAAAAAGAAAAGGAAGCUGAAAAUGGAGAGAGCACAGCUGAUAAUCAAAAUAAAGAAUCCAAAUUAUAGUUAGUUUGUAUUUUGUUUUGUUCUUUCUUUAGUGUCAAACGUUCUUUCAUGAAUUGACAGACUGUAAUUAAACUACAAGUGUGACAUUGUAAUACCCUUUUUACUGACCUGUUUGCUUUGUUUGUUUUACCUUCUGUUUUAUGUCUUUUUGUUUGAAAUGUCCUGGAUUGUACAUCUGUAACCUACUUAUGUACAUUGUUAGUUUUUAAAAAAGUGAUGAUAAAAACUGUUUUAAUUUUAUAGUUUUGAAUCGAUGAGACUCAACAUGAUUUACUAUGUGUUGUGUUGUGUUAUGGCCCGGCUGAAAGACCAUAGCAAAUAUUGAUACAUAUGUGAGGGAUUAAGUAAGAGAAAGGAGCUUUAUUUACUAAAAAUAGUUUAGGUUCACAAAUGUAAUAAAAAUGUAGAUUCUAACACAUGAAACUAGCAGAAAAACAGGAUGCUAGGUUUAACUAAAACAAUUUGUGAAAAAACUAUACAAACAUCAGUAACAGUAACGGACAUGAUGCCCGCAGAGAGCAAGAACUCACAGGCUACAAGGAAGGGGCAGGCUUCAUUCAAGCCAGAGACAGUGGCCAGCUGCCUCCAAUUCCUUGAUUACUUCCAGCUUCAAAUCACCAUGAAACAAGAGACCCAAGCACAAGAACACACACAAACACACAAGCCCUGGCAGAGGCCCCGGAGCUGUCACUCUUGUCUUAUAUUUUUAGAUUGACAGACUUCCGUUUCAGUUAGUUUGUUAAAGCAUGUUGUUAAAGCAAGUUAUCAAUAUGCUGAAUAAACCAAAUUCUUUUUCUGGUGACUGCUUCUUAA